AUGGGCGAUGAAUGGAAGAAUCUCAAGAUCGAACACAGCUUGGACUGUAAGAGGACUCUCGAGCUGGAAAAGAUGAUAAAGCUGCAUAUAAGACAGAAUUCCCUGAAUUUGCCGACCAAAAAUGAAGUUGAGAGAUACUCUGAUAAACGCUUCAGGAAUCUCCUCUCCGAAAGCACACUAAAAGAGACGGUAAGUGCUGAGCUGAUGCCUCCAGAGAUUUCAAGAAUGUUUGGAAGAAAAGAAAAAGAGAUAGAGGACAUUGAAAGGAUUGAAAGCUCAGCCGAAGAGGAGCCUGAUGAGACCGACGAAAUCAAGGAUAGCAGUGAUGUUGAGAACGACUAUGUAGACAACUUCUACGAGGAGGACGACGAGCUUACGGCUGAGAAGGACGAAGAAGCAUUUUUUUGA